AUGUCGUCUAAUGCAGGGGAGAAGGCCAAAACCGAUGCUCCGAAAGCCUCGUUUCGCACCGUGCCCGUUCAACAGCGGUCAAUCUGGGAGUCGUGGGCCGUGCUGCCCGCGAGGACACGGUUGUUCGUGUCUUUGGGAAUCACUGCAUUCGCCCUAGGCGGAGUCUUGGUCUCUGACCAGCUCGAGAAGACAAUACCACCACCGGAGAAGGAGCGUUUGGCUGAGGGCGCGACGAAGGAUGUACCUCCUCCAUGA